AUGCAGGAGAGCAGCCUCCACAUGGAGCUGCUGCACGUGCUCGGGAUGCAGCCUGGCCUGUCGCCAUCCCUGGUGCUGCUGUGCGCGAAGGACAUGCACGGGAUGGCGGACCACUGCCAGGGCCCCGAGGGCGUGGAGGAGCUGCGGCCCAGGUCCUUCGAGCUCGUGGAGGAGUGGGCCCGCUCCUGCGAGGAGGUCUGGCCCCCGCCGCGGCCAGAGGGCUCCACCAUGAUCUCGGAGCAGACGAAGGCGAGGGAGGAGGACAUGCGGAACCUGCUGCGGGCCUCCUACUACCGAAUACUGAUGGCGCGGAGGCACGUCUCCGACACGACGAUACAGAAGGAGGUGGUCGAGCGCAACUCCAAGAGGCAGAAGACCUCGGCCGUGUUCGCGGACGCCGAGCUGGUGGCAUUCCAGGGCUGCGCCUUCAAGACGGCGACGCAGGUGACGUGGUCCGUGGCCGCCAUGGAGGACCACCGCAGCGCCGUGGGCGAGAAGGACUCCUUCCACCUGCAGGUCCUCCUGGAGAGGCAUCCGAAGGGCAUUCAGGCGGUGUUCGGGGGCCUGACCGCCCUGGAGCAGGCCACCGCGGGCGUGGUCAUCGACCACCUGGGCACGAUCGUGAGGCUCCUGCGGCCAGAGGAGGGCGCCGUGGAGGCCUUCGUGAAGUCCGAGAGCGCGCUGCACGAGGACCUGAGGGGCUGCUGGAGCUACGUCGCAGACUGCCUCAACCAGGAGGACGCCGUCAACAGCCCCGAGGUCGCCGCGGCGCUGGACCGCCUGCGCGCGCUCCCCUGCUGCGCCGUCACCCUGGAGGACGUGGCGGACCGGCCUGCCGACGUCACCACCCUGACGCUGCCGGGGCACGCCUUCUUCCACCUGCCGAUGCUGAAGGGCAAGGAGGCCAACCUGCGGCUCUACCUGCGGCAGGUGCACGCGGAGACGUCGAAGGAGGCGGCGGUCUUCCGGGCUUUGGGCGCCUCGGACAGGCCUCGGGCCGCAGACUACGCGGCCGCCAGCGAGCGGGUGGCCAAGAAGGCUGCGGAGCUGGGGCGCGCCAACUGGGAGUGGGUCGUCGCCUGCCUCGAGGCCUGCGUCCGCGGCAUCCACGAGGACCUGACGGAGGGCAGCGGCAGGGCGGGCGACGGCGAGCAGCUCCAGCUCGGCAGCCUGCACCUCUUCACGAACACGGGCGACAUCCGGAAGGCGUCGGAGCUCGUCUGGGCGGACGAGCCGCGCUGGCUGAAGCGGUGCGAGGGCUCCGGCAGCCUCAGCUUCUGCGCCCUGCUCGGGCAGGACCAGCGGGAGCUGGCGGCCUCGCUGGUCAAGCACGCGGGGCUCCGGCAGCUGACGGUGCUGGUGGAGGAGCGCAGGGUGGACGACGACCUGAAGGUGGGCUCGGUGGGCCUCACGUUCAAGGACAGCGUCGAGCAGCUGGUCCAGUCCUCCGAGUUUGCCGUCGGCGUCCACGCCGUGAUUCUGCACAACUGCGAGGCGUCCGGCAAGCCGAUGACGCGCUCGCUGGCGGACGUGAGCCGCGACCUGCGCUCGAUCCGGCUCCGCGCCACGGGGCAGCUACGGAGCGCGCUGUUCUACAAGGACGACGGCAAGGUGCGCAGCGGCGGCAGCAUGAUUGCUGGCAGCGAGCAGGACCAGCAGUGCUACUACGACGAGCGCGAGGGCGCUGUUCACAUUGGCGACGUGUCCCUCGACCUGAACGAGGACACCGUCAUCGCGGAGCUGGUCUCGUCUCUGAGGCGUGCCGUGGAGCUGUUCUACCAGAUCGACGCCUUCCUGCUGGAGGCCAUGGUGCGCUGCGGCGUGCGCCACGGGCCGGCGGGCAUCAACCCGUUCCUGGAGAAGCGCGAGAUCAAGACCGCCUUGCUGGGGCCCCGGCACCUCGGCCCGGGGGACCCCCUCCCCGAGGACCUGCAGGACCACGUGGUGUGGUCCAUGGACGCCACCUUCGGCGAAGGGGAGGUCGUGACGGUGAUGCUCGGGAGCACCUUCAUCAUCGCGGAGGUCGCCAAGUGGCCCGACGAGCGGCAGGAGCCGCAGGAGGACGGGCUCAACAAGUCCUACAACCUGCGCGUCUCGGCGGACACGUUCGAGGUCAGGAAGCAGUUCCAGAUCUACAAGAUCGCCGCCAAGAAGCAGGAGAAGGCCGCGGCCAGCACGGAGUUGGUCCACGUCCCGAAGAGCGAGUCCAGCGAGAAGGAGCCGGGUCUUGAGCCUGGGGGCGAGGACGGCAACGUGGAUCAGGCGGACAAGGACGCCAGGCAGCUGGCCGACGUCAAGCAGUACCUGCACGAGAUGGGGAAGAUGGAGGCAGACGACUACAAGGCCGUCAUGCGGCGCCUCUUCAAGACGUGGCAUCCUGACAAGGUUGGGGAUACGCCGAUUGCCAACAAGAUCUUCCACUUGCUGCGUGCGCACGAGCAGUGGUACAAGAGGCGGCUGGCCGGGGAGAACGUCGGGGACGACUCGUGGCUAGACGGAGACGAUGGCAAUUUCGGCGAGAAGGACAAGGAGGUCCUGGCCAUCGCCUCUGGCGACCAGCCGGAGGAGGACCAGAAGGACGGGCAGAACGAGGGCUCAUGGUUCUUCGAGUUCGAGCGGGAGAUGAUGCAGACGAAGGCGGACAUAGACGAGAUGAAGGUUAACAAGGACAAGGGCCACGAGCUGCUCGGCGAGAGGGUCGAACGACCCUCUGACGACGCGGCCCAGGCGCAGACGGCGCAGGAUCCGCAGCUAAGCGCGAUGAUCGACGUGGAGCCAGCCGGGUCUGGCGCGCCGCGCAUCGUCGACAAGCAGCUGUCCCCGCGCUUCGCGCAGGAGGCGCAGGUGGAGCUCGUCGUCGCCAAGCGGUGCUUGAAGGAGAUGGAGGGCCUGCCGAUUACACCUGCCCGGUCGGUGUGGCACUGCCAGCAGACCGUGGAGAUGGCCUUGAGGGCGACCAUGUUGCGCACCUGUGGCUUGGCAGAAGACGAGUGUGCCGGCGGGGCGGCGCACGACCUCAUCGACUUCGUCAAGCGGAUCAAGACGGCGGACACGAACACCGAGGAGCAGAAGCGCGCGGUGAGCACGAUCCCCCUGACCGACGAGGACGUGGAGUGGCUGAAGCACGCGUACCUCGCUGCGCGCUACCCCAAACCGGGCCGGUACGGCGUGCCAGCGAUGCUCUAUAGUGAAUCCGACGCGCAGCGCGGCCUGAAGAUUGCGGAGGAGUUCCUCGCGUGGGCCGCGAACGUGGAGGACCUGCCAGAUCCCAGCAAGUUCCGGCGCAAGCGCUGGCUGAAGGACGAGGCUGCGGAGGCCGGCAAGGGCAUCUUCGUGACGCUGCCCUCCCAGGUGGCCGCGCAGACUCCGGCCCUGGGCGUCGUCGUUGCGCCGCCGGGCCGACCGGACCCCGCCGCGCAGCUGAAAGAGACAGCGCGGAAGUUCGGCUGGGGCGUGUCCCCCUCGGGCGCGCCGAGCGCCCUCGCCCCCGACAGCGGCAGCGCCGCGCCGCCGGAGGCCAACGAGGCGAAGCGGCCAGCCGAGAGCGCCGAUAUGAACGCCAUGCCCAAGCGCACGAAGCGCUGGGCGAGGCCGGGGUAG